GUGCGUCCUCGGUGGACUUGGAGGCCUUCGUUUCUUUCUUCCUUCGUUCGGCUCCAGAUGAUGCUGAUGCUGCGUAAAUUGGAUUUUGAUGGCGUUGCCGCGAGUUCCCUUUUUACUAUUCCUAUUACGGAAAAACGGAAUUGAGUUGGAAUCGGAGCGCAAACGCAGGAUCCAGUUUAGUGCAGCUUGCGCGUGAUCGCAGAGCCAAAGUGCAUCUCACAGGAAGUGACAGAGUGUGAGUGAGAGAGGGAGCUUAUAUGGCGUGAGAGGAGGACACAGAGGUGUUUUGUGGGAGGACAACCGAGGGUUUCACCGAGCAGAUAGUGAAUGUGAAUGCGAGUCUGUGUGGUCGAAUCUUCAGGUGAUUGGCCGACCGACCGUCCGACGGUGUGGUCGCACCUGUGUGGAGUUUGAGGAGCUUUCGCGCGGCUCUGACGAAGUUCACACCCUUCGCCUGUAUCAUUUUGGCGUCGGUCUUGCGAACCAGUUGGACGGUUGAUAAAGAAGUCCGAUUGUAAUCAAAACAGGUCCUGAGAUUUUAAGUACGUUUUUCGUUAUCACAAGUCCUAAUGGCUCCUUCAGUACAAGAGGAUUUUCCAUCAACUCCUGGCAAGGGUAAAAUGGAGCGCAACAACUUCUUCGGACGAGCAGCGAGUCGCUGGCACACAUCUGCAUCAGCGAAGCUUUUUGCACUUUCUGUGUUCCUUCUUGUUAUCACAAUCUUCAUUUGCUUCCGCAUUACUGGAAAUGGUAUGAUUGAUGGGUACAUCACUUCCGCCUAUUCCAGCACCAAUGGUGGAACACUUCUACCAGCUUUCAAGAGCGACCAUGCCUGGGACCUGAAAGUGGCUCAGUCUUGCACACCAGAGCGUGAGAAUGGAUUGGUUGUCCUUGUGACCGGUGCGGCAGGUUUUGUUGGGAGUCAUGUUUCACUUGCUUUGAAGAAACGUGGAGAUGGUCUCGUGGGCAUUGAUAAUUUCAAUGAUUACUACGAAGUUUCUUUGAAAAGAGCUCGACAAGAGUUGUUGCUAAAGCAAGGUAUCUUCGUAAUCGAAGAUGACAUCAACAACGCUGCACUUUUGAAGCAUUUAUUUGUCAAGGUUCAGUUCACGCACGUUAUGCAUCUAGCAGCACAAGCUGGUGUUCGAUAUGCGAUGCAGAACCCCAUGUCGUAUAUCCACAGUAAUAUCGCAGGCCUCGUCACUCUUUUUGAGGCUUGUAAGAAUGCCAAUCCUCAGCCAGCAGUUGUUUGGGCGUCAUCAAGCUCUGUCUACGGUUUGAACUCAAAGGUUCCCUUUUCAGAAGCUGACCGUACAGAUCAACCUGCCAGUCUGUAUGCUGCCACAAAGAAAGCAGGAGAAGAACUGGCCCACACUUAUAACCACAUCUAUGGGCUUUCCAUCACAGGACUUCGUUUUUUUACCGUAUAUGGUCCUUGGGGUCGCCCAGAUAUGGCUUACUUUUCCUUCACGCGGGACAUUUUGAAGGGAAAGGAAAUCAACAUUUACAAGGGUCAGAAUGAUCGGGAUUUAGCAAGGGAUUUCACUUUCAUUGACGACAUUGUGAAAGGUUGUGUUGCAUCAUUGGAUACUGCAGGUAGAAGCACUGGAAGUGGAGGCAAGAAGAGGGGUGCCGCGCUGUUCCGCACUUUCAACCUUGGUAACACGUCUCCAGUUUCUGUGCCAGUUCUUGUAGAAAUCCUUGAAAAGUACCUCAAAGUGCCCGCUAAGAAGGUAUUUAUAAAAAUGCCCCGUAACGGGGAUGUUCCUUUUACACACGCCAAUGUGUCCCUUGCUCAGACUCAGCUGGGAUACAAACCAACGACGAACUUGGAUACAGGUCUUAAGAAAUUUGUGACCUGGUACAUGAAGUACUAUGGCGUUCAAUCGACUAAAACGAGAAGGUUGUAGUAGUAGGAUACCAGCAAGCUUGUUGGUUAUCUAACUCUUGCUGCAUGGUUAGUCUCUCUGACUUCUGCAACCACAUAUGAUUAGAUAAUAGAGGUGAGAAAUGUAGCCGUGUACAUGUUAUGUUGAAAUUCAGGUAUUGGAAGUCGACUGACGCUGGCAGAGUCAUGAAGAAAGAGCCGUAUUUGCAUUGUCAAGGCCCUGGUUAGUGGGUUUGUGUUGUUUCAGUAGUUAGACCUCAUUUGCUUCAAAAGUAGCACAGCAAGAGAAUCUUGUUGAUCCUGCAAAUGCUUCCUAGAGCUGGUGGCACCUGAUGACCUUGUUGCAUAUUUCUAUCAGCAUUUUGUUGCAGUUUCGCCUUCAAUUACAUUGAAAUUUGGUUA